AUGAGGACAGCUGCCUCGCAUUCAGCAAACACAGCCCGGUUAACGUACGGCGGCCCGGUUAACGCUGCCACGAAGCUCCUGGAUGAGUUGUGCCAUCUGACGGCUCAGUCUCUGACAGCGAUGGACACGUCGGAGCACUUCCAGGUCCUGAAGCUGCUCGGUGAAGGCUCGUAUGGCAAAGUCAUGCUGGCUGUCCACAAGCAGAGAGGCACUCCGAUGGCUCUGAAGUUCUUCCCCCGCGAGUCCACGUCCCUGCUCUCCUUCCUGAGGGAGUACCACCUCUCCCUGACCUUCUGCGCUCACCCCUCCCUCACGCGGGCGCUGGGCAUCGCCUACUCCACGCCAUCGCACUACGUCUUCGCUCAGCAAGCCGGCCUCUUCGGCGACCUCUACGACGUCAUCCUGCCGGAGGUCGGCGUGGAGGAGGACGCUUGUCAGCGGGUGGUGUCCCAGCUGUGCAGCGCCCUGUCCCACCUGCACUCGCUCGGCUUCGUGCACAGAGACCUCAAACCGGAGAACGUGUUCCUGUGCGACUCCGACUGCCGCCGGGUCAAACUGGGAGACUUCGGCAUGGUGAAGGCCGUGGGCGCCAGGGUCCCGGAGGUCUGGUACAGCUCCCCUUACUGCGCCCCCGAGUCCGAGAUCGCUCGCGGGAACCGGGUCGGCGUCGGCGAGGACGGGGAGGAGGAGGGAAGAAAGAAGGCGAGGGUCUGGGUCUCCGUGGAGACCGGCACGGACAGCUGGGCUCUGGGGAUCCUGACGUACGCCAUGCUCACCGGCAGUCACCCCUGGGCCGAGACCGCCAGCGACUGCCGGUCCUACCUGAAGUAUCGGGAGUGGUCCGACGGAGCGGGAGGCCUCGACGCCACGCUGGACGCGUGGGCGGAGCCUGUGGAGAAGGAGGGGCCUCCUCCUCCUCCUCCCGCCACCGUCGUCGUCGUCGGCGUCGCGCCCCAGUUCGCCCGUUUCACCGCGCCGGCACGCCGCUUCUUCCGGACGCUGCUCGAGCCGAGGCCGCGGCUCCGCGGGCGACCCGAGGAUGCGCUGAGUUACCUCGGAGGGGAGUGGGUGACGGAGGAGGAGAGGAAGAGGCUGGAGGAGGAGAGGAAGAGGAGCCGGGGGAAGGAGGGGAGGAGUCCAAAAUAA